AUGGUUGAACGUGAGGGAGUGCGCCGCGGAGGCUGCGGCUGGGGCGGCGGAGUCCUAGGUCGUUGGUCUCUGCGCCGUCUGUUGCUUGAUAGCCCUUUAGUGGGCAGAAGACUAGCUCAUUCAGUAUUGGAGCAAGGGGAGCGCCCUGUGAGAGUGGGCACGGAACAGGCUCAAGCCAGACCUGCUGUACAAUAUAUCGCUGAAGAUGAAGAGGGCGAAGUCCUAGACUGUCCGCUAUGCCUGUCGACGUUUCCCUCGUCCAGCAUGGUGAGGCUGGCCUGGUGCUCCCACAGGUGCUGCGAGCCCUGUCUGCGGCAGUACCUCGCCAUAGAGAUAUACGAGGCCAGGGUCCCUGUCAACUGUCCCGUAUGUCACGAGAAUAUGCACCCAUCAGAUGUUCGUCGGAUAGUGGACAAUCCGACUUUAUAUGAUAAGUAUGAAGAAUUUUCUGUGAGGAGAGCGCUGGCUGCAGAUCCUGAUACAAGGUGGUGUCCGGCACCUGACUGCAGUUUCGCGGUGGUAGCAAGUGGUUGCGCUUCCUGUCCAAAACUGACGUGCCUGUCGCCGGGCUGUGGGGCCUCGUUCUGUUAUCACUGUAAGGCGGCCUGGCACCCCACACAGACCUGCGACGCGGCGAGGAGGACCCGCCAGCAGCCGCCUCGUCAGCCCCAACCUUCGAUAGACGAGCACGGUGAGGUUAAGCCUUGCCCGAGAUGCGCUGUACUCAUAGUGAAGGUGGAAGAUGGAUCUUGUAACCACAUGGUGUGCUGCGUCUGUGGGGCCGAGUUCUGUUGGCUUUGUAUGAAGGAGGUGUCCGACCUGCAUUACUUGAGUCCAAGCGGUUGUACGUUCUGGGGUAAAAAGCCUUGGUCUAGGAAGAAGAAGCUGUUGUGGCAGCUUGGGACUCUGGCGGGUGCUCCGCUGGGUAUAGCGGUGGUGGCGGGUGUGGCGCUCCCCGCACUACUGGUGGGCCUGCCGCUGUGGGCCGGCCGGAGGGCCCACAGGAGGCUUAGAAAGGCCCGGCCCGCGAGACGUAGGGCUGCGGUCGCCGCUGCUGUCGCCGCUGCGCUGAUCGUGUCUCCGCUGGUUGCGGGGCUGGCGGUCGGUAUCGGAGUCCCCAUCCUAUUAUUCUACGUGUACGGCGUGGUGCCGGUGUCGCUGUGCCGCGCGGGGGGCUGCGCUGGUGGGGGCGAAGCGCCCGACCGGCCCGAGCAAGCUAUCGACUUGGACGCUACCUCUAGAAGACUCGAGCCCAGCAUCGGUGACGCGUCCCUAUCCGCGGGCUCGGCGCAGGCGGAGGUCCGCGCGGCGUCCCUGGCGGGGCUGGCGGGGUCGCUAGGGGGCGGGGAGGCUGCGUCCCCCGCCGCCGCCCGCCUCGAGGUCACCGUGGACGUGUUCAGAGCCUUCGCUUCAGACACCGCGAGCGCCGCCAGCUGGCCGGACGACCUGCCCUCCACGUCCAUCAGCUCAGCGGCUCGUCUCCGCAGCCUGUUCCUGUACGGCGCGCCGCAGCCCCCCCCGGACCCUGAGGUGGGCGGGACUCGCCCACGCCCGGACUCACCGCCGACCUCCUAA